GAUAACACUUUCGUAUGUCAGCGUGUGUGUGAUGGAGCGAGUGACUGUAUUUGCAUGUGGGACCCCCUGAGGGUAAUCUGCAACUAUUUAGCAUGCUUAAUGUGGGAGACAUACGGGUUUCAAUGUUUGUGUAUGUGAUUAUAUGUAGUCUGGGCGCCCUGCCAAGUGGAGUGUGUUUUUUGAAUGAAUACCUGAUGAGGCUGCUGAGGCUGACUGGGGGAGGAGGAGCCGUGUUCUCUAGAGCACUGUGUGUGUAUGUGUGAAGAGCAAAAGCGAGAGAGGAAGAGAGAGAGAGAGAGAGAGAGAGAGAGAGCUGGCAGUCUGUUUGCCUUGCAUAACAUACGCUGUAGCUCUCACACGUAGGGCUAGUGAAACAGCACAGACGAGGGGACUUCCUUUACCCUAAGCCCGAGCAAUUGUCGAAGGAAGUGGAGGAGAGUGAAGGUGGUGGGGGCGGGAAUCGGACAUGGAAGAAAACAUAAAUCAGAAGAUUGCGUGUGUGACCUGAUAGCAGAGCUAAACCUGGACAAAGGACAGCUUGCCAGUGGGUAGAGUGAGUUACACUCGUAGUGCAGAAAGAGAGAGAGUUGUUAAAGGCUCCCCUAUAAAUAAAGGUAAGGCAUCACCCUAAGAUGAAAUGUUUGCUUGGUUUUGAAUCAUACAUGCUUAUUGCACAUACCAUAUUAUUCUCGUAAUCCAUGAAGGGAAGCAAAUAUGUGCAUGCAUUUGAGAAAUCAAUUUAAUGUGGUUAAUAAUAAACUAUAGGCUCUGCAGAAAUAGUUUCAAUUCUGUGCAAAUGUUUCAGUGUCACUCUGUAUGUUGUGCUCGUUUGCUUAUGGGGGGUGGUGGUGGUAGGGAGCAGAGAAGCAGGCUUUAGUCAUUGUAAAGGCAGCAACAGCUCUGUUUGGAUUCAUGUCUAGCUUAGGACUCCCUAGACUGCCUCUUAAAGGGGCAGCUGCCCAUUUAAAAGGUUGUUAAGUACAGAGAAGAGCUGCUUACAGGCGCUAAAUGGACAUGAGUAAAAAUCCUUUGAGCAUAUAAGCAUGCUUUGUGAGGAAAGAAGUUAGCAAGAACAUUUAAUUUCAAAGCAGUUAUGUUUGUACAUGUAUGCAUAAUCUCUGCUACUGGUUCAGUCAUCUCUGAGAUGACAUCAUUGUAUAAAAGGUGUCACAGCACCCUGUGAGUAAAACGUUCCGGGGAUUCUGCAUUAAAUUAACACACACUGUGCACAGAAUGAACUUUGUGUUACAUACAGAGAAAAAUUAUGUGACACUGUUUUUGUUUCUGUGGUAGAUAUAUUGUUAAAGGGAAGUCUUUGUUUUUGUGCAAGUUACUCAGACAUGUUACAUGUUGCUUUUAUUGGCGCAUUAAUGUCUUUGUGUGGGACUAUUGGUUUGAAUAUGUUGCGUUGAUGACAUUUUGAACUGCAGCGGGCCUGCAAAGCAUGAGAUCUACUGUUAAAGAAGGAUAUUGCAAAGUUGUUAAUCUUUCUGGCUCUUUGGCUCAGCCACACUGUUAGCGAGUGUGUGCGAACGUGUGUGUGUCUAUUGUGAAAACUAAAUGUCCCUAUAGGGAUAGUGCAUCCUUCAAGUGAAAUCACUUACAUUUUUUUAUUUCAUAAAUUGAACAAUAUGAUCCUAAUGAAGCUAAAAUAAUGGUUUCAGAGGUUUAAAUAUAGGGUUAAGCCCAAUUUAACAACAAUAGUAGUCAACAGGAAAACUCAUUGAGGUUCUUUCAAUAGAAAAUCCAUCUGUUGACAUGGACUACAAUUCUAUGGCAUGAAUUGGCCACAAGCAGAAAGAAACCAGAAAUGAAGCAUCACCUCUGUGUGGCUGUAUUUCCUUGCAGGCUUAGUUUGAUUUAGCUAUUUUGAAUUGUGGGUGCAUUUCAGUAGUGCUCUUUGAAACCCUCUGGAUAUAGAGAGGAAAAUAUUACACCCAGUAAAAGAUAAAUAAGUCAUAUGCACAUACAGACACACAAUUAAUGUGUAAAAAAAGUAGGUAUUCUUGAAACUUUUUCAAUGUAUGUUAUAUUAUACCAUAAGGAACUCAGCAAGCGUAUGCAUGCAAGUACCCUAAAGGCAGAAGAACAUCUUUUAGAAACGGGAAGUGGAUGCAAAUAUUACAUUCAGAAUACAUAAAAUCUCUCUAUAGAGGCUUGGGCUUUAUAUCAACUGUUUCAAUUUCUCAGUAUUUUUUUACAGUCACAUGAAUGACCGUCUGUCUGGUUAAGAGGUUAAUGGUAAACAAUAUUGUCUGCAUGCAUUGUGAAUGUUUGUUUUCCAAUUUCUUUUAGGAUGUAAUGAUGUAUAACAAAAAUGUUUGUUAUGAAUCCCUGUAAAUACAUAAAAUGAUACAGGGGACUGCAGUUAUGUAUAUGUAAUGUUUUUUUAUGUACUUUUGUUAUGCUGUGUGCAUUUAAAGCUGUGUAAGACUGAUCUAUGUGAUCACUACAGUUCUAUUGUUCUUUGAUACAUGAGCACUCUGCACCAAAUCACAUAUGCAUAAGCGCGUAUCAGUCCGAUGGAUAUGCUGAUGUGUACGUGUGUGUAUUGUGCUCUGUGUUCAAUAGACUGAAGCAUUUAAUGGUUGUGUGUGGUGUAAGCUGUAGCAGGGUAAAGUAGGACAGUGAUUGGUGCAGAUCUACUGUGGUGAAGGGAUAUCUCCCUCCCUCUAUUUCCCCCUCCCUCACUCUCUCUUGCUCUCUCUCUCUCUGUUCUCCACUGUUAAUCUCUAACUCAAUAACUAUGCUCGCUUGCAGGCAGAGCUCAAUGUGGGUCAGGAGAGCCAGUGUUCCCUCUUUCUCUUUCUGUCUUCUCUUCCUUCAUCUUUUUCCUGUCUACACACUCUUUAAAAAUUUCAUUAAUUACUCUCUCUCAUGUCGUUCCACACCUGUAAGACCUUAAUUUAUCUUCGGAACAUAAAUUUAGAUAUGAAAUGCGAGAGUUCUCUGACUCUCCAUGGACAGCAAGGGUACUACCAUGGUCAAGCCAAAGAAAUGUAGAAAGGACAUCAGUAAAACAGUCCAUGGUACCUCAGUGGUUCAACCGCUUCAAAAGCUACAAGAAUACUUUUUUUCACUGAAAGAAAACAAAAAUAACAACUUUAUUCAACAAUUUUUUCCUCCGAAUCAUGCCUUCUGCCAUUAUGGAGAGUACCAUGAUGCAUGCAUCUCUGCAAGUAAACAAGGUGCAGCGCAUGUGUCAGCAGCACCACACGCAUGCAUUUUUUUACAUGGAGAGGUAAGGACCAAUAGCCAUCAGUGAGAGAUGAUUCCACAUGAAGCACAUGGAUCCUUUCAUGACAAGAGUCCUGAUAAUGGGCAAGACUAUAGUAAAAGUGGAGCAAAGUAAAAAUGAAAAUCUUGACAACUGAGUUCUACUUUGAACUUUAAAACAUCCUGAUUAAGACAAGUGGGUUAAAAUACGUGACAAGCUCCAAGACCAUGAAGUCUAACCAGGAACGUUGUAAUGAAUGUCUUCCGCCAAAAAAGCGGGAGAUUUUAGCUCUGGAAGAGAAGCAGGUGCUGGUGUCAGCUGCUGUUAGUGACAGCCAGAGUGGAGAGAAUUUGGCUUGGCUAGCCAGUGUUGCUACCAUGGCUAGCAUGGCCCACAUCCCCAACAAUGCAGGCCCAUCACAGAGCAACAGUGCUGAGCCUGACAGCCCCCCACCAUCAAAUAAGGCUCUCACUGUGGUGACGGAAUAUCCUCCAACUACUACAUCUGCUGGCUUUUCAUUCUCUUCCAAUAGCUCCACAUACAAGGGAGUUUUCUCUGGGCCUACCAUGCUAACAGCCAAUCCUGCGGUUCUCUCCACAAGCCUUCCUCAAACCAUAGGCUCCGUCCAAUACACACAACUUCCCCCCAAUCUCCAGCUCAUAGGGCCUUAUACAAGUUAUAUCUCUUCACAGAUUGUGCCAUCCACAACCAGUUUAACACAGCCACGAAGGAUGCCACAAGAAGUUUUGGCCACAACAGCUGUCAUCUCCCAAGCACCUAGCCUUGAUUCACAUAAUCAUCAUGUGAUUUCUUCUAUACCAAAUGUUUCCAGUAGUCAAUGCAUCCAGGUUGAGAGAGCACCUUUGGGUUUGGCAGUGUCCUCCCCUUCUGCCCAACUGCCCAUUCAAAUCCAUCCACAUUCAGCAGUCCUUGCCCCUCAUGCCCUAGCCCUCACCCCCUCUCAAGUGGUUCUACACUACACAGAUGGCUUCAUUGCGAAGCAACUAGACUCACAUCCCAGAGAGAUGCAGAAUGGUACACUAGGAGAGAUUUCAAUGGUCAAGCACAGUACUGCCAAAGGGAUUCCUAGCCAGUCAGAAGGUGACCAAAGCCAUAAGCAAAACCACAACCUGGGCCUCCAGACCCAAGCUCAGGUUCUGCUUCCAGCAGACUACAGCACUCAAGAGAGAACAGGACUGCAGACAUCGCUGAUGUUAGUAUCCAGUAGCCACCUUGCAGCAAACAGCAACUCAGAGCUCCAAAGUAUCUUGGGUAAGGACCAUUCAUCCUUGCACCUUGCUGAGAGAGGAGGGAUCUGCAUAGGCAAACCAAUGUCCAGAGUGUCCGCCCUUACGUCCUCAGACAGCCAAGUUUCACCGGCCCCCACAAUCUCCACGCACACACUCCUGCAGGCUCAUCACAACACUCCCCAUCAAGAGCUCUCCACCAGCCUUUACUCUGCUACGCAGCUCCCAAUUAUUGGCUACAUCACCAGUACUUCUGGUGGACCCCAGCAAGCAGUAACUGGUUAUCAAAGCAACCUGCCACAGCACGUGGUGAUCUCAGGCAACCCCUCCUUGCUCAUUCCGGUGAGUGCCACUAACAUCAAUCCAACUACUGCUGAGCCGGAGGUCACCCGCUGUUCUGUCAUCCCCAGUGUUGCAAAUGCAUCAACAGCUCUGCCUCAGACCUUUAUUAAUACAUCUCCACCUGCUGCUGCAGCUUCAGUCCUACCCAAUGGUAAAGACAUCACAGUCUCUGACAGAGGUCAUGCCUCCUGUGUCAUGCCAAGUCCAACCCAAAUACAGCUGCCUGUUCUUUCAACUGGUGUAGUGGGGUCUCCAGUUCCUCUAACACCUCCAACAUCCACAAGCCCUCACAGCACACCAACAUCACCAUCAGCAGGCCUACCACCAUUCUUCAUGAAGGGCUCUAUUAUCCAGUUGGCAGACGGCGAACUAAAGCGUGUAGAGGAUCUGCGGACAGAGGACUUUGUACAAAGUGCGGAGGUGAGUGGAGAACUGAAGAUUGAUUCCAGCACAGUAGAGCGCAUAGAGUGCAGCCGCACACCCAAUGCUGUUAUCAUACAGUUCUCAGUGGGAGAGAACAAAGCCCAGGUCUGUGUCGAGGUUCUAGUUGAAUACCCUUUCUUUGUGUUUGGUCAAGGUUGGUCGUCCUGCUGCCCUGACCGCACCACCCAGUUGCUAGCACUAUCCUGUGCCAAACUCUCUGUGGGUGAUGUAUGUAUCUCUCUAACCCUUAAAAGCCUAAAAGACAGCAUUCAAAAGAAAGAUAAUUUUUCUAACUCUUUGACAAAACACAAACCAGCCAAAAACAGUGGGCCAAUUGAGGAAAAACCAACCCAAAUGGAGGAUCUUAAGAAAGGACACAGAAUUACAUCAGGAGUGGAAAAUACUGCAGGAACACUGGUUGAGACUUCUAACAGAAGAAAUGUGUUGACCCUCUUGGAGAAUGGGGGAGUAAUUUCUCAGACACAGGUGAACCUCAAAUCCGAGGCAGAAAAGACAUGCACAUUUAGUGACAAGAAAGCAGUUAGCCGCAAGAGGAGAUGGUCUGCUCCAGAGAGGGGAGAAAUGUGGAUGUCGCAAGAGGACCCUCAGAUUUUACCCAAAUUUUCCUUCCUCCCACAUCAGCUGAAGGUCAGCAUUGAGGGCUGUUCCAGCACAGGUUGCUGAGGACAUUCAGAACUCCAUAGAGCAGUGGUGGGGAGUCCGUUUCUAACCAAGAAAUACAUUAAUUAGCCAUACUUAAUUUGAGAAAUCACCUAAUAGUGAUUAACUGUUUUUUUUUUUUUUUUUUUUUUUUUUUUUUUGCUUGGUGUCCAAGAAAAUGCUUUUGCUUCAACAACAGAGACUCAGAAUUCUUUCCCCAUCACUGCCAUGGACUCCAAGAGGGACAAGGAAGAGCAGAUUUACUUUUUGUUGCUUUCCUAUCACAUUCAUAUCCAGGUUACUGUAACUUUAGACCAUUUUACACAAAAAUGUGUUUGAUCAUUAGAGUCGUGUCAUACAUAAUAUUUAUCCUUAGAUAUUCUUUUUAAAUCAGCUUGACAUGACAGUUUUGGGUUGCAAGUUCUGACCACUUUUUUCUCAGCUUGCACAGCAGUGAAACAGUCUACUGUUAUGUGUACUGAAUUAAUUCAUAAUCAGGGCUUUGACUGGAUAAGGACUGUUACAUGGAUUGAUGGCAAAAGGUUAGCAGUAAGACUUGUACAACUAUGAUUACAGGUGACUUCUGUGAGUUGUGUGAAAAUGAUUAUCUUGACAGAAGCAGCCUUCCACUUGUUACUGCCCCUUGCUUACAUAAUGUCAUCUGAGAGUGACAGGCUUUGCUCGAGUGACUACUUUGAAACAAACUUAAGUCAAGUAAAGCAUCAAGAUACAACACUGAAUGUUAAAUGAUUUAUCCUCAUAUGUUAAUUCAGUUGCUGGUAGUCUUCUAGAUAUGCAAUACUGAGCUUUCACAUACCUCAUGUGUGCAUUUAACAAUUAACCCAAUUAGAUGGCCUGAUCAGAUCUGUGAUUUAAGAUCUGAGUGAGAAAAUAUUGGAGAAAUCUUCUCAUUGUCAAAGUGGCUGUGUAGAGAAGUCUCCGUUCAAGUCAGAAUUAGCACUUUAAAGAAAGGUUAGGGGAAGUUGAAUGAAUGGAUGGAAACAUUCCCACCUUUGUUUUGUUUCUACAGCAACAGACCAUUUUGAGUGCUGUUAGUCAUUUUGUGCAUUACUACCCAUUUUUAUGUGCAAAGAACUUCUCAUUUAGUGCUUUCCAAUAAUGAUGUAUUCCUUUACUCUAUUUUAAGUAUUGUGGGUCUUAAUCAGUCCAGCGGAAAUAAUGAAUUCUUUGUUAAAGACACAACAUAACUGCCAUACAAAUAAAUCUACGCAGCAUACUCAAUGUUUGAAACAAGCCAUGUUUUACAGGUUUAUCAUAAACAGAAUUGGCCUUUUUAUAUUGACUUGUUUAUAUAAUAAAUUUAGCAUCUGAUAAAGUUAACAAAAUCACAUAGAUAUGAUAUAUAUAUAAUGAAUCAGUGGGUCAAAGGAGGACGCUCUGCUGUGUUCAAUCUGCUCGGUCACUGAAAAUCGAAAUUUCCAGUGUAGGCAAAAAUUAACUGUGAACAUAGACAUAAUACAUCCUGAAAGGACUAUGCUUCAGUCUGUCACAGCCUAAAUUUAGUUUGCAUCAAAAUAAUUUAUAGAUACUACUCAGAAUAAGGUGUGUCAUCCACUGGGGUCUCUUUUAUAAUUCUGAUUCUCCUUACUUAGCAGUAUGCUGCUAAUGACCUAAACAUGUAAUGGUCAGUUUUGUAACUUCUCUGCAGAGAGAGAGAGAGAAAAUAAGAAGAAUACAGUAUGAAUGUUGAGACACUUUCUUUAGAUUUUAAUAUCCACAUUAUCUAUUUUCUCUGUCUUUAUCUUUACUGUGCUUGUCAUGUUAAAGGAAUUAAUGUAUCAGACUGCAAUGAAAAAUAACAGAAAAGGUAAUAAUCCAUAAACUUCUUUUUUUAAAUGACAAUUGUAAUUGCUCUAUUCCAUAAACAAAAGCCUUAUGGGAUUGUCUUCAGAUGUAUUUUAUGUGAAACAGUCACAAAAUAAUUAUUAUCUAAUUCAACUGACUGUUUUAUACAUAUUAGUGGCUGUUAUAAAUUCAGAAGAAGAAAAAAUCUUUGAAUACAUGUAAAAAUUUUGCUAUUUGCACAAGUAGACAUUUUAAAGAGUAAAGCCAAUUGUAUGUAUUGAAUCUUCUAGUUAACACUUCAUAUUGCCAGCUCUGUAGGUCACCUAAAAACUAUCCAUUUUGAUAUGUGUACUCAAGAGUGUGAGUUUUUCACUAAAGUCAGUUUGAUGAUGGACUUGAAAAAGGUAUUGUUGUGUCUAGGGUUAUAUUCAGAUGGAAUCACAAUAGACCUCAUAUUGUAGAAGUAAUGCUUGAUUGCACAUUGAGUCCAAUUUGGAUUUGGAUUUUAUGCACUUUUGAAGAGAGAGGACAAUGAAAGAGAAAUGAAAGGGAUUGUUGAUUAGUAGCCACAAAGCUACAAUAUGUUCAAUACAGUCCAUUGUGCUGGUGAUAUUGGUAAGGCAGUAGAAAAAUGUGCUAUGACAAUAGACUAGAAACCAUUAGAAAAGUGUCAAUGUUUCUGGAUUGUUGUUUGUUUCAAAUGUAUCAUUGUUCUCUCUCUUUUCUCUCUCUCUUUUCUCCUUUGUAGCUUUGUACAUGUAAACCUCAGUGUUUUUGUGCACUGUGUGGAUAACUUCACUGAAGACAGUCAGGUUUCAACACUGUUGGCAACAAACGUUCUUUUAUCCAGUGUGUAUGAUUCUGUUUCAACCUAACAAAAGCAAUUUUUUAUCAUCUGCAUCAAAAAAAAAGAUUUUGUUGUUUAUUUGUUUAAAAAAAAAAGGCUGUCAACCACUUGAAAUCAUAAAAGCAUUAUAGCGAUUUAUAGUCAAACUGCAUUCUCAGGUUGAGAAACUGGGCCGACUGUUUCUGUACCUGUGUUACUUUUUGCAAAAAUGCUCAGUUACAAAAAAAAUUAGCCGGUGAUCAUUUUAGCUUCAGUGCUAUGACUCAUGGGAAGUCACUGGCUGACUAUUGCGCCCUCUACAGCCCAUCUUUGUACAUGCACCCAAUGUACAAAGAAGGCUAACUUUUAACUAGCAUGAUGAAAUAUUGUGAAUGUAGCUCUUGUGCUUGCUAUUGAAAAGGCAUAUGGUAAAAUCAAUAAAAUUAAUAUGGUACAAUACAACUUUCUGUUGUAUGUACAAAUUUUCAGACUUGAACAUUUUCAGAAUUGCCUCAAUGGUCCAUAGCCAGGAUUAGUUCUAGCAAUACCACAUUUAGGGUUGGAAGACCAAACUUGAUGUCUAGAAAUUGGCCUAUAGCAUACACAUUGAUCUCAUUGUUUUUUAUUUCAAGGAAGAUCUAGAUCUUUUACCUCCCGUUAAACCUGUCACUCCAGAGUGACAUUUCUUCAGAAAAGAAGAAAAAAAGCACAUAAAUGAUUUCUCAUUUUCUUAUAUAUUCGAUGUAAAUGACUAUAUUUGUGUGAUUCGUUGUACAUGUGAUAUUUUUCUCAUUCUUUGACAAGCUCCUUUUCUACAAACUGACAAAAAGCAAUUAAGACAGAAGUCAACCUCAACUUUUCUAACUGUGGCGUGUUUAUGUGAACAGAGCAUCCAAGACUGUUCAGUGAAGUCAGUGAUCAUUUCUUUGGUGGUGCUUGCAAGUUUUUGUAGCUGUUUUGAUUUUUGUGAAAUGGAAAGGAACAUCGGACUUGACUUUUAGCUAAAAUGUCUAGUUCAAUGACUUCCUGUAUAAUACAAAUCUAUUGUAUCUGUAUAAUCACUCUAAUAAAAUACUGUGCCAAUUGUAGUUGUUUUUUUCCUUCGAACUGUGAUAUUUUUUUUGCUGUGAUGCCAUAGGUGAACCGUUUUUGUUUUCCCAAAUAAUAUUUUAAUGAAGUGAAUCACUUUUAUUAGUUUAAAGAGCAUUAGUGUAAACAACCUUUUGUGCAUUGAAAAAAGUUUUCAUGGAUGCUAAAGGUUCUUCAUGGAAACACUGAUGCUAAUAAAGAACAUUUAUUU